AUGCUUUGCGAUUUCUUCCCUAUUUUGAGAAAACCAUGUGGUGCGUAUGCUGCCAACAAAUGGCUUUUUGAGCGCGGCGUUGGGUCUGUUUGGCUUGCCGAGCGCGUGUUGCUCUGUGCCGCCCUUGGGGUCGCUCUGAGAUUGGUCCUUGGGAAGAAGAAUAGUUUGAGAAGAGUCGAGUGGCCCUUGCUCGCCCUCUCAUCCUUCUUGAACUUUAUUCGUAUCCUCUCGUUUUGUGCAGCACUUCCUCGACUAGGAGCUCUCCGAUUAUUGAUAUUCACAUACUUGACUCCAACGUGGAUACAAUCCAUCGUCACUCUUUCCUCCACACGCGCAAUAAUAGCAACCACCAUCGCUCUUGCGUUUUCCGCACUCUCAGACGCCGGCUGGGUGAUCCAUCAACUCCACACACCCGCACCUGCAUAUGGGUUCCUACUCUUGAACGCCCUCGCUACCUGGGGAUACGAUCAUACUGUCCAUGCACUCUCUCCAGGAAUUGGGGACCAAGCUGCAGCAGGCGCGAGCUUGGUGGGUGCGUUUAUAUGUGCCGUACCAGGACAUUUCAUCGCCGUUGGACUCGGAGCAGUCCACCCUACACCUACUCUUCCCAUUCCCUCAUUCCUGGCAAUUUUGGUACUCGCAACAGGGUUCUUCCUCGCUCCAGGAACAGGAACAGACGUUACUCGCGCGACUCUUCCGUUGUUUAUAGCAUUCUUCAUUGGUCCUAUACUCUUCCGCUCUAACCCGGGGUGGACGGAUCUAUUGGUUGCUGGUCUAUUGUCUUACGGAGCUUCACACACCCAUGCUCGUUCCCUCACUGCCAAAACCCAACCAACAUCGCGUCUCAUCCGGUCCUACCUAAAAACGAUCCUCGCGAACCCCGAGUCUCGAAAGAUAUUUUACUUUUUGGUCCUUAACAUGUGCUAUAUGCUCGUCCAGAUGUUGUACGGGAUUUGGACGAACAGUUUGGGAUUGAUUUCAGAUGCAAUUCAUAUGGCGUUUGAUUGUAUGGCUAUUGCUGUCGGACUGCUUGCGUCAGUCAUGGCUACGUGGCCCGCUAACGACAAGUUCACAUAUGGAUACGGCCGAAUCGAAACACUGUCCGGAUUCGCAAACGGGAUUUUCCUCAUUCUAAUCUCGAUAUUCAUCAUAUUCGAAGCUAUCCAGCGAUUGCUAGACCCACCCGAAAUGAAUACGUCUCAACUUUUACUGGUCAGCGGCCUCGGUCUGGGCGUCAACUUGUUUGGAAUGUUUGCGAUGGGCGGGCACCAUCAUGGGCAUAGUCAUGGAGGACAUUCGCAUGGCCAUUCGCAUGGGGGAGGCCAUUCCCAUUCUUCGUCGUCCCAUUCGCACUCUAGGAGCGGUGGUGAUGAUCAUGGCCAUUCUCAUGGCCGCGAAGACCAUGGACACUCGCAUGGACACGAAGAUCACGGCCAUUCGCACGGGCACGAAGACCGUGGACACUCGCAUGGUCAUAACGACCACGGGCAUUCUCAUGGGAGACGGGAGAGCGCGCCCACUGUGGUUGUCAACGGGGUGAAUGGGCACGGGCACGCUCAUGAUGAUUGCGAUAAUCAUUCACACGACGGAGAACAUGGGCAUUCGCAUGGUGACCACGGGCACUCGCAUAACGGUGACCAUGGGCAUUCGCACGAUCACCACGAGAAUUCACAAAACGGCGACCACGGGCAUUCACAUGAUACAGACCACGGGCACUCGCACGACAGCGGCAAUGGACAUUCACACAAUGGAAAUGGCACUCAUGGCCACUCGCAUGACGAACACGGUCAUGGACUUGCUCCAUUACACGUGCCGCCCCGCAAUUCCACAUCCUCUCCUGGUCCCUUACUUUCCCCUACCUUGCCCUUCAUGCCAGCGAACAUGCGUUCGCCCUCGCCUCCCCCUGCUGCUCCCCCUAUUCCUACUAUAGCAACGCUCAUGGCGAUCAUGAUGGACACCUUGGGAUCAGUUGGAGUAAUUAUUUCAACACUGCUCAUCCAGUGGUAUGGAUGGACGGGAUUCGAUCCCAUCGCAUCACUUUUUAUUGCAAUCUUGAUAGCAGCAAGCGUUGUUCCACUCGUCAUCGAUUGCGCAAAGGUUCUCAGCCUCGACGUAGGCGAGCGCGAAACGUCUAUUCGACAAGCUUUGAUUGAAUUGUCCAAUGUCGAUGGAUUGGCCUCCUAUUCUGCUCCACGAUUCUGGCCAAAGGAUGGCGAAUCGCUCGUGGGUUCGAUUCACAUCCAGCUCGCGCCCUCAGCCUCGUCGUACGAUCCGGCAGGUGCCCAUCGCGCACAACGCGUGACAUAUGCAAAUGCCGACCGAGUAGUCGAUCGGGUAGAGCAACUGCUCCGUGCCCGCAUACAUGGUCUACACGAUCUUACGAUACAGGUCGAAGGAAGUCGCGACCAACCUUGGUGUUCGUGUCUGAAUGAUUUAGGAGCUGGACGGGGCAUCUAG